AUGGAAGAGCCUCCCGAAGAGGCUCGGGCUGAAUCCUUGGAACAUGAAAGCACAGACGCUCCCUCAACUGCUGGGCACACGAAUGGCCAGGAAAAAGACAACCAGAAGAACCAGGCUGAAGGGGAAGCAGAUGAUCGAACUGGUCACAGAAUAGCUGACCAGACUGCCCGAAUAGUGUCUGGCCAGGCUAACCCCGACAUAUCUGACCAAGAUAUCCACAAAGUGUCUGACUACUCCGGGCAUAGCACAUCUGGUCAGGCCUACAGCGGGGCAUCCAGCCAUGCUAAUGGUACUGACCUUAGAGCGUCUGAUCAGGCUGACCAAAAAUCACCUGAACGGACUGAAGGCCAGGCAUCUAGCCAAGCCAAUAACGUAGAGCCUGAACAGAGUGAUGGCCAGGGGUCUGGCCUGACUGACCAAAGAACUUCUGAGCAGACUGAACGAAGAUCAUCUAGCCAGGCUGAGAGGAGAGCUUCUGGGCAGACCGACCGCAGAUUGUCUGGCCAGGCUGAUAGAAGAUCUUCUGGGCAGAUUGAUCACAGAAUGUCAGGCCAGGUUGAGAGGAGAGCUUCUGGGCAGACUGACCACAGAUUGUCUAGCCAGCUUGAUAGAAGAGCUUCUGGACAAGAUGAUCACAGAAUAUCAAGCCAGGCUGAAAGAACUUCUGAACAGAUUGACAGUAGCUUGCCAGUGCCAUCUUAUGAAAGAGCUUCUGAGCAGACUGACAGUAGAUUGCCUAUGCCAUCUGACCAAAGAACUUCUGAACAGAUUGAUCGCAGAGAGUCUGACCAGGCUGAGAGAAGAAUUUCUGAACAGAUUGACCACAGAUUAUCUGGUCUGGCUGACCUAGGAACCUCUGAACAUAUUGACCCCAGGUUGUCUGGCCUGGUUGAACAAAGACCAUCUUUAAAGACUCUCCACCUAGUGUAUGACCAAGCCACUGAAGAAGCUAAACACCAGGCUAUUGACCAAGCUGAUAGCCAUGCUGAUAAACUUCCAGUUGACAAGGCUGACCACAGUGAAUCUGACCACUUACUGGACAAACAAACUGAUCACAAAGACCACCUGUCUUACUACAGAACACUUGGCCAGUCUGAGGACAGACCAUUUCCCCAGUUUGGUGACAUCAAGGAGGACAAAGAGGCUGACGACAGAGUACAACCCUGCAGAUUUGAAGAUAGCCAAACAGACCUCAGUUCCAAGCUUUCAGCAGAAAUGGAAACUGAAGCUGAAACUGAAAGUGAAUGUGUAGUAUUCAUUACUCAAACCCAUAGAUCAGUAGAUGCCAGAUUCACCAGUAGCAAUCAAACAAAAAACCAAGACUUUUCCCCAGUAUUCUCCUUCGUCUCAUCCAAACUGGACUAUCUCACCGGUCAAGAAAAAACUCAAGCUAUAGAAACAAACCCUGAUGAAUUUUCAGAACUCAAGCAGGAAAAGAGUUAUAUGCCCAAUCUAACUUAUAAGAGGAGGUUCCCUUCUAUAGUAUAUGAAGAUCCUUAUCAAGUUUCACUCCAAUACAUGGAAAAACACCACAUUCUGCAAAUAUUCCAGCAGAUCACUGAAAACUUAGUCUAUGAAAAGCCAGAGGACCCCCUGAAAUUUAUGCUGUGCCAGGUAUGA